CUUGAACUUUGAAUGAUUCUCCCUUCCCUCCCCCGAUGACGAGUUUCAAGGACCUCAUCGACCGGGCCAAGCCCUCUCUGGACAGCCCACCGCCCUCAAGUUGGCGCAGCUCGGCUCCCUGCUGCCACACGACGUGUGGCAAGGCGUCAACAUCAGCCGCAACGAGGUGACUAUUGGAUCAUGGGGGAACGGCGACACGACUCCCACUUGCUGUGAUCUGUGCGUCCAGGUGGAUUUCAGGAGGCCCGGCAACCACAUCGUCAGUACCCUCACGGGCAGAGAUGGGGAGACAGCUUCUGACAGGCACUAAGACGUCUGACCUUGUGUCGGCUGUGUGGUGUGUGUUGAUCUUCUCAGCUGUACCGGUCGGGCUGGCAACCCCCAGCGUGCCACUUCAGCCACGGGUCGGCCGAGUGGACUGACCGUGAGUGCCUGUCGCUGGGGGGAGGCCUGUGGUACAUGCAUAUUCCGAGGAAUAUUCAGCACCGGGUAAGCAGAGGCGUGGGAGGCAGCUAGGGGAUUCAAAGCAUAAGUAUGACGAUGCGUUCAACUAAGUCAUGUCAUGCAGGAGGUGGAGUUCGUUAUGUGUGACGCUAGUCGAAGCCAAUGGGAUCACCCACCGUCACACACUGGAAGUCAGUGAUUCACUGUGUGUGCACCUCAGUCCAGGGAUGCAAGCAAGAUAUAUGAUUCACUGUGACAAGCUUUGUCUUGCUGUGCUGCUCUGCUGUGUUCCUCAGUGCCCAACUACCCCGUUUGGACAGAGGGGGUCUAUAUGUUGAGUGACGGAAGCCUGAAAUCCCUGAGAAGUGACGUCGGUUGGGAUUAUGUCGGUAAGAAGCUGACGAGAGACAGACGGUUUUUCAUCAAAAAUCCAGCUUCUUAUUGGUUCGUCAGACUUGCUGUUCAUCCGCGACAAGGUGGCGCGAGAGGCAGCAGAGGCGCACGUUCUCUACUUCACCGGCUGGACCCCACCCCGCAUCCACUUCCGACAUACCAACAGUUGCUGGACAGAGCCUCCAGGCAUCGUGUGCAAUGCGUUUUCCGGCCGCGUGUGGCAUGCGCAAAUGCCAUUCCAUAGCGUAAGCUGCACAUCGCACAGAGACCCACGAGUGGGCGAAAUGUGCUUUCUCUUAUGCCGAAUGUGUAUGUGUCUCCACUCCACUCAGGGUCUUGAGUUCGUCCUAAAUGACGGGAGCGGCUCUUAGGAUCACGCUCCAGGAGGUG